AUGUCUCUCAUUCAACUCUACGUGCCGGCAGAAACGUCCAGAGACGUCAUCCACGAAGUGGGCCGGCUCAACUUGGUGCAGUUCCGCGACUUGAACAAAAACGUGAGCGAUUUCCAGCGCAGUUUCAUCGAGGAGUUGCGCAAACUUGACGAGAUCGAGCGCCAGUAUGCGUACUUCAAGGCCGAGCUCGACAAGAAGGGGAUCGAAACCAAAUUGUACCCUUACGACGACACGUCGGUGUGUCCGCAAGCGGAAAUCGACGUUUUUUCCCAGAACGCGUCGCUUUUGGAGGCCCGCACACGGGACCUUGCGAGCUCCGCAGAGACUUUGUACGACAAACAGAGGGACUUGAAGCAGUUGCAGCUGGCCAUACAGGCGGUGCAGAACUUUUUCUUGGCCAACGCCGCGCCGGCGGCGCAGCACGACGACGAGCCGCUCGCGCAUUUGGAGGCCGGCGGGGUGCUGGAGUUCCAGGCCAGUUUCAUCUGCGGCGUCAUUGACCGGCACAAGGUGGCCCCCUUGCAGCAGAUCUUGUGGCGCAUUUUGCGGGGCAACUUGUACUACUACACGGAGGAGUUGGCGGAGCCGGUCUACGACGCCAAGUCCAACUCUUACGUGGACAAAAACGCGUUUCUCAUCUUCUCCCACGGGUCCAUGAUCCGCGACCGGAUCCAGAAAAUCGCGCGUUCCUUGGAGGCCGACUUGUACGACGUGGACACGUCUGCGCGCUUGCGCGACGAGCAGUUGGCGGCCGUGGGCGUGAAGUUGGCUGACGUGGGCACGGUUUUGGAGCAGACCGAGCGUGCGUUGAGCUCCGAGUUGGUGGCCAUUUCCAGGGACUUGGGCCGCUGGUGGGAGAUCAUUGCGCGCGAGAAGGCCGUGUACAAGACCAUGAAUCUUUGCGACUACGACAACUCGCGGCGCUCGUUGAUCGGCGAGGGCUGGGUGCCCACCGACGAAAUCGACACUUUGACCGCGGCCGUGCUCUCUGCGAACGCGUCGGUGCCAACCAUCGUCAACGUCUUGGAAACCACCAAGACCCCGCCCACGUUCCACCGCACCAACAAGUUCACUGCGGGGUUCCAGAGCAUCUGUGACACGUACGGCAUUGCCACGUACCGCGAGGUGAACCCGGGCUUGGCCACUAUCAUCACCUUUCCCUUUCUAUUUGCCGUGAUGUUCGGUGACUUGGGCCACGGGCUCAUCUUGUUCAUGGCUGCGGCCGUCAUGGUAUACUAUGAGAAAACCAUCUUGGCCAUGAAGCGGGACGAAAUCUUCGACAUGGCGUUCUCGGGCCGCUACAUCUUGUUGCUCAUGGGCAUCUUCUCGAUGUACACCGGCUUCUUGUACAACGAUCUUUUCUCGAAGUCCAUGGACUUCUUCCCCUCGGGCUGGAAAUGGCCCGACAACUUCCAGGUCGGUGAAACCAUCCAUGCCACGCAAGUCGGUGUGUAUGCUGUCGGCUUGGACCCGGCCUGGCACGGCUCUGAAAACGCAUUGUUGUUCUCCAACUCCUACAAAAUGAAGUUGUCCGUAUUGAUGGGCUACAUGCACAUGACCUACUCGUACUUCUUCUCCUUGGUCAACGCACUCUACUUCAAGAGCGGCAUUGACAUUGUGGGCAACUUCAUCCCAGGCUUGUUGUUCAUGCAGGGAAUCUUCGGCUACUUGUCUCUUUGUAUUGUGUACAAGUGGACGGUCAACUGGUUCGCCAUCCAGAAACAGCCCCCCGGAUUGUUGAACAUGUUGAUCACCAUGUUCUUGUCUCCGGGCACCGUCGUAGAGCCUUUGUACGAAGGCCAGGCGACUGUGCAGUUGGUCCUUUUGGCCGUGGCGUUGAUCUGCAUUCCAUGGUUGGUUCUCGUGAAGCCCCUUUACUUGAAGCGCCAAAUGGACAAAGAGGCCAAACAACACCAGUAUCAGGCUCUUGGCGACGAGGAGAGCGCGGCCGAACUUGAGCCAGAACAUCAUGACGAAGACGAAGAGCACGAGGCUCACAAUUUCGGUGACAUCAUGAUCCAUCAGGUCAUCCACACGAUCGAGUUCUGCUUGAACUGCGUGUCGCACACCGCCUCUUACUUGAGAUUAUGGGCUUUGUCGUUGGCACACGCGCAGUUGUCGACUGUCUUGUGGACGAUGACGAUCAGUAACGCGUUCGGUAUGACCGGCGUGGUUGGAGUCUUCAUGACCGUGUGUCUUUUUGCAAUGUGGUUAGUGUUGACCGUGGUGAUUUUGGUCGUCAUGGAGGGCACGUCCGCCAUGUUGCAUUCAUUGAGGUUGCACUGGGUCGAGUCCAUGUCCAAGUUCUUCGAAGGUGAGGGCACAUUGUACGAGCCGUUUGGGUUCCACAACCUUUUGGGCGACGUCUUCUGA